ACAUUUCUGGACGUCACGGUGUGACCCGGAUGUUAAAAAGAACCCGCCCACCACGACUGACCAAUCAGACUAUUGAUUUAUUUCGGCCAAUAAGCGGUAAGCAAUUUGAGGCCUUCCCGGUGGCGUUGUUUAGACCGACAAGACGUGUAAAUUUUAAUGUACAUUGCUUUUCUUAUACGUUAACCAUGCCGUAUGCUAACCAGCCAAUAGUGAAGAUCACAGAACUGACGGAUGAGAAUGUUAAGUUUGUCAUUGAGAACACCGACCUGUCGGUUGCGAAUUCCAUCCGACGUGUCUUUAUGUCAGAAGUUGCAACAAUAGCUAUUGAUUGGAUUCAAAUUGAUGCAAAUUCUUCUGUGAUCCACGACGAGUUUAUUGCUCACAGAGUGGGUCUUAUUCCCCUUACCAGUGAUGAUGUUGUGGACAAGAUGCAGUACUCCAGAGACUGUACAUGUGACGAUUUCUGCCCAGAAUGCUCUGUUGAACUGACACUGGACGUUCGCUGCACAGAGGACCAGACCCGCCAUGUGACCUCACGAGACCUGCUGUCCAACCACCCUCGAGUCAUUCCUGUGACCUCCAAGAGUCGAGACAAUGAUCCCAAUGACUAUGUUGAACAGGAUGACAUUUUGCUGGUGAAGCUUAGGAAGGGUCAGGAGCUGCGUCUCAGAGCUUAUGCCAAAAAGGGUUUUGGCAAGGAGCAUGCCAAGUGGAACCCUACAGCAGGGGUGUCCUUUGAGUAUGACCCAGACAAUGCACUGAGGCACACUGUUUAUCCACGGCCAGAGGAAUGGCCAAAGAGUGAAUACUCAGAGAUUGAGGAGGAUGAGGUGCAAGCACCCUUUGACCCCAAUGGCAAACCUGAGAGGUUCUAUUACAACGUGGAGACAUGUGGCUCACUGCGACCGGAGACCAUCGUCAUGUCUGCUCUGGCAGUGCUGAAAAAGAAACUGAGUGAUUUACAGACCCAGCUGAGCCAUGAAAUCCAGAGUGAUGUCCUCACGAUCAACUGAGUCCUGCAGUUUUAGCCAGUUCUACACUGCUCACAGAGAUCAGAAGCAGACCCAGUUCCAAAUGAUGGAUUUAUUUGAUGGUAGCAAAUGUGUGAUAUUGGCAGGAGAAAUGUUGAUCCAACCAUAUCAGCUCACCUACUGAUAUCGUCUGUUGUUUCUACAUCAUCCACCAUAUUGUUUUUGUCUACAUCUCCGCUUUGUAGAAGUUGUUUGCAGGAUUAUUUUUUAAAUUGUAUUUUGUGUAAUGAACCUUUUAUUUUUUUUCAAUAAACCUCCAUUUUCAUCCA